AUGAAUCGGCAGUCGACUAUUCACCACCAGCGCCUCGAGGCUGUCACCGACCUCUCACAACUCACUGGAAUUUCCGACGAUGUUAUCGUAGCAUGUAUUAGGGAAAGGUUUAUGGCCGACAACAUCUACACCAACGUCGGCACCUCCGCUUUGGUUGCAUUAAAUCCUCACAAAUACGUGUCUUCGAACGCCGACAAUGUUCUCCAGAAAUACGCUUCUGAAUAUCGGAAUACUAGUUUACCCAAGGAACUUCUACCGCCUCAUAUCUUUCAACUUGCUAAUAAUGUAUACUAUCAUAUGAAGAGAACUACCCAAGAUCAGAGCAUACUUUUGAGUGGGGAAACCGCAUCCGGAAAGUCAGAAUCUCGUCGAUUGGCGAUUAAGGCCAUCCUUGAGCUAUCUGUUUCUAACCCUGGGAAGAAGGGUGCGAAACUUGCUGGCCAGGUUCCCGCCGCCGAAUUUGUUCUAGAAUCGUUCGGUAACGCUCGCACACUCUUCAAUCUGAAUGCUUCGCGCUUUGGAAAGUAUACUGAGCUGCAGUUCAGCGAUAGAGGACGGCUUACCGGUGUCAAAACUCUCGAAUAUUAUCUCGAACGGAAUCGAGUGGCCGGAGCACCUAGUGGCGAACGAAAUUUCCACAUCUUUUACUAUCUCGUCGCUGGUGCAACACCUGAAGAGCGGCAACAUCUUCACCUCAUCGACAAGACUGCGUAUCGUUACCUUGGUCAAAGAAAUGUAACAGCUAGAUCUAAUGGGGCUCAGGACGACGAUGCUGUGAGGUUCGAGCAACUCAAAGUAGCUUUGAAGACUAUCGGUCUUUCGAAGAGACAUGUUGCUCAAACUUGUCAGCUGUUGGCUGCCAUACUCCAUCUUGGUAACCUGGAGUUUGUCAUUGACCGUAGCCGUAACGAAGACGCCGCUGUCGUGCGUAACACCGAUGUAUGUGCUAUAGUCGCUGACUUUCUCGGGGUCCCACCGGGUGAGCUGGAGCAAUCGCUCUCUUACCGUUCCAAGAUGGUCAAGAAGGAAAUGUGCACCAUAUUCCUCGACCCAGACGGUGCUUCAGACAACCGAGAUGACCUCGCAAAGGCUCUAUACUCCCUCCUCUUCUCCUGGCUCAAUGAACACAUCAAUCAACGCUUGUGCAAGGACGAUUUUUCUACUUUCAUAGGUCUAUUUGACCUUCCGGGUCCGCAGAAUAUGACUUCCCGUCCCAACUCCCUUGAUCAAUUUUGCAUAAACUUUGCCAAUGAAAAGCUUCAACACUGGACUCAGAAGCGCCUUUUUGAGUCUCAUGUCAAUGAGUAUGCUGCUGAAGGCAUCUCUCGCUUUGUCCCCUCCAUAGCUUACUUCGACAAUACCGAGUGUAUUCGACUCCUCCAAAACAAGCCAGGUGGUCUUGUUCACAUUAUGGAUGACCAAGCUCGUCGUCAGCCCAAGAAAACGAACCAUACAAUGGUUGAAGCAUUUCAGAAACGCUGGGGAAAUCACUCAUCCUUCAAAACCGGUAACAUCGAUCGGUCGGGCUUUCCCACUUUCACCGUCAGUCACUACAACGGCGCAGUGACGUAUUCGUCAGAAAACUUCAUCGAGCGGAAUCAGGAUGAACUCAACUCGGAUUUCGUCAACCUUUUGCGAGGUAUUGAGGGUAUGGAAGGCACGGGCUCUAUCAAUCCUUUCGUCAAAGGACUUUUCAGCGGGAAGCAGAUUGCUACGACGGCUCAUCCACGAAACGAGGACACCAUCGUUGCUGCUCAGCAGAAUGUUAAGCCGAUGCGGGCCCCGUCGACCAGAAGAAAGGGAACCAUCAAACGGAUGUCCACUGUCAAAGAAGGUGUAGAGGCCACUGACGACGAUGACGGCGUAGGGAACACUUCUGGAUUUGGAGGAUCUUCCAAUGGCACCGCCUGCGUCGCGGGCGAAUUUCGCGUCGCCCUGGAUACACUCUUCGAGACGCUUGACGAUACUCAAUCGUGGCACGUAUUUUGCAUUAACCCUAAUGACUCGCAAUUGCCGAAUCAACUUGAAGGAAGGAGCGUAAAGGGUCAAGUGAGGAGUCUGGGUUUGACGGAAAUCGCGAAAAGAUGCGUGAACGUAUUCGAGGUCAACAUGAUGCCCGAAGAGUUUUGUGAUAGGUACAAGGAAGGUCUUCAGGAGGCUGGUGUUGUUGGUGGUGAUGAGCGGGACAAGGUUGAAUAUGCUAAGUCCGCACUCGGUCUGAAUGAGAAUGACAUUGUUCUCGGUCAACAUAAGGUGUUUCUUUCGCAAGCUGCUUUUCAUCUCUUGGAAGAUCAGCUUCGCUCGCGAGACGUCGAGGAACAGAAACGCAACCGUCUUCGUGAUGCUGAGGCAGAAGGUGGUCUCGAACCGCGCGGCGCUGGUGAUCCAUAUGCACCUUAUUCAUACCCGAACGCUGAUGGUGAAGCUGCUUGGUCUGCUGGACAUAAUGAAAACUACGGUUCUUCAAAUCAGCACCUCCCUCUAGUGGCCAAUGCGUCGCCUUUCCAACGUGCAGACCUCUACGACGACGGUGAUGAUCGUUCACUUCACAGCGAGGACUUUGACGCUCGUAGCAAAUUCACUAGCCAGAGAGAUGACUCUGUAUCUAAUUUCGGAUCUGAAUCGUACGCACCGUCGAGGAAUAUGUUUCAGAAUGCCGACAAAGCUGCGUUGGCGAACAAGGAGGCUUUGCCUGGUGAAAUCCAAGAAGGCGAAACGACUGAGGUCAUCAAAGAGAGUUCCGCGCGUCGCAGAUGGGUAGCCCUUUGUUGGCUUCUGACGUGGUGGGUCCCUAGUCCGUUAUUAUUAUGGAUUGGUCGGAUGAAACGUGAAGAUGUGCGGCAAGCUUGGAGGGAAAAACUUGCUCUCAACUUGAUUAUCUGGUUUUGCUGCGGUGUAUCGAUUUUCAUCAUCGCUGUGCUUGGUCUUGUUAUUUGCCCCACGCAGCACGUUUUCAACACCGGAGAAUUGUCGUCGCAUGAUAGUACUGCGAAAGAGGUGUAUACCUCCAUUCGGGGAGAGGUUUUCGAUCUAGGCAUCAUAUCUGACAAUCAUCAGCGAAUUGUCAGUGUCGUGCCGACGAAGUCUAUCCUUAAGUAUGGUGGGACAACCUCUGACAACAUUUUUCCUGUUCAGAUCAGCGCCCUUUGCAACGGUGUCACCGGAACCGUCAGCCCUUUCGUUGCUUUGGACACAACCAACGACUCCGAUAUAAAUGCACAGUACCAUGACUUUCGUAUCAAUACCAAUGACUCACGACCGGAUUGGUACUUCGAGAGUAUGGUGACAAUGCGUUACACCUCUCGCGUUGGCUUCCUCGGGUACACCAAAGAUGAAAUAAAGGACAUGUCUACAUCCGGAAAAUCAGUCGGAAUUUACGAUGGCAUGAUCUACGAUGUGACUUCCUAUGUCAGCUCUCAACCAUCGCUUAUCGCGCCUCCGGGUUUUCAAGCUCCUGCUGAUACCGAUAAAAACUUCAUGGAUCCUUCGGUUAUUGAUAUAUUCAAAUUCAAUAAUGGAGGCGAUAUCACGAAAAGUCUCAACGCACUUGUCCCAAACACAAUCAGCUCUCAAGUAUUAGAGAGGCAAAAAGUCUGUCUGAGGAAUCUGUUCCUCAUCGGCAAAGUCGAUAACCGGAACUCUCCCCAAUGCUUAUUCUCGAAGUAUAUCCUACUAGCGUUGUCUCUCUUCAUGGUUUCUGUUAUCGGAUUUAAGUUUCUGGCUUCGAUCAACUUCAGCGCGGCUCGUGCACCGGAGGAUCAUGACAAAUUCGUGAUUUGCCAAGUUCCUUGUUAUACCGAAGGCGACUCUUCUCUGCGCCGUACCAUCGACACUCUGGCUCAGAUGAAAUAUGACGACAAGCGCAAGCUGCUGGUCGUCAUUUGCGAUGGUAUGAUUGUCGGUUCAGGAAAUGACCGACCCACACCACGUAUAGUUUUGGACAUCCUUGGCGCUGACCCCAACCUCGAUCCUGAACCGUUGAGUUUCCUUUCUCUCGGUGAGGGUGCUAAGCAACACAACAUGGGUAAAAUUUACUCUGGUCUAUACGAGUGUGCUGGUCACGUCGUACCUUACAUGGUCAUCGUUAAAGUCGGCAAACCGAACGAACGGUCUCGCCCUGGUAAUCGUGGCAAGCGUGAUUCGCAGUUGAUUCUCAUGCACUUCUUGAAUAAGGUUCAUUUCAACUCUCCCAUGAACCCAAUGGAAUUGGAAAUGUACCACCAAAUCAAAAAUGUCAUUGGCGUCAAUCCCACAUUCUAUGAAUAUCUCUUCACUGUCGAUGCUGAUACGACCGUUGAUCAAUACUCCAUAAACCGUUUGAUUUCUGCCAUGAUACACGACAAGAAGCUCCUGGCCUGCUGUGGAGAAACCGAACUGUCCAACGCAAAGCAGUCUAUCCUUACAAUGAUGCAGGUCUACGAGUACUUCAUUUCCCAUCAUAUGGCUAAGGCGUUUGAGAGUCUCUUCGGUUCCGUCACUUGUUUACCCGGUUGUUUCUCUUUAUACCGGCUCCGCGCGCCCGAUACACAUAAGCCAUUGUUCAUCGCGAAUCAGGUCGUCCACGACUAUUCAGAAAAUCGUGUCGAUACAUUGCACAUGAAGAACUUGUUACACCUUGGAGAAGAUCGAUACCUGACGACUCUUCUUCUCAAACAUUUCCCCACGCUCAAAACCCAAUUUGUGCGAGAUGCUCAUGCCUAUACUGUUGCUCCCGACGAUUGGAAAGUCCUGCUGUCCCAACGGCGACGUUGGAUCAAUUCUACCGUGCACAAUCUCGGAGAAUUGAUGUUCUUGGAACAGCUUUGUGGUUUCUGUUGUUUCUCGAUGCGGUUUGUCGUCAUGAUCGAUCUCAUUUCCACUAUUAUUCAACCCGUUACUGUGGGCUAUAUCGUCUAUCUAAUCUAUUCUGUUGUCGGCGCAGGCGAAGCAAUUCCUACCUUGUCGCUCAUCAUGAUAGCUGCAAUCUAUGGUCUACAGGCGCUCGUUUUCAUCAUGCGACUCAAAUGGGAUAUGGUUGGUUGGAUGGUAUUUUAUGUCCUCGCUAUUCCAAUCUUUUCUUUAUACUUGCCGCUCUACUCUUUCUGGAGAAUGGAUGACUUCUCCUGGGGUGCAACGCGUCUGGUCAUGGGUGAAUCCGGAAAGAAGCUCAUCGUUCAUGAUGAGGGCAAAUUUGACCCUAAGGCUAUACCGUUGAAGUCAUGGACUGACUACGAGAACGAACUAUGGGACAAGGAAUCUAACCACAGCAUCGGCUCCUGGGUACCUCCAAAUAAACUCCACAACGAAGGUUACCCGGAAUCCCAAACAGCUUCUCUCUAUGGUCGAGAAACAUAUUACGAACCACAACGAGCGUUUUCUCCAGCACCUUCGCAAAUGAUGUAUCCUCCUCCCGGAUAUCAAUCGGGGAGAAACACUCCUCAAUCGAAUCUUCGCAUGCCUAUGGAUACGGGGAUGAUGUAUGGUCAACCUCAGUUUACGCCGUCGCUUUACCAGCCCACACCGUCUCGUCCGACGACAAAUUAUCUUGAUAUGCCCAUCCCUACAACGUCGAGUCCUGACAAUGGUUCUCUUUCCGGGGGUCCUUCAGACAUGGAUAUCGAACGGGCCGUUCAGGACAUCAUCCGGGUCGCGGACUUGAAUUCGGUGACGAAGAGAGGGAUUAGACGACAACUGGAGGAACAAUAUGGGAUAGAUCUGGCGUCCAGGAAGGCGACUAUCAAUGCUGCAAUCGACAAAUGUCUUGCGGAGCAGGCGUCGUAG